CUCUCUAUACUAUCGCUGCCACCAGUCAAAACUUCACACUGUGUAAGGCGACUACAGCCAUGCAUGGAGCUAGGGCCUAAUCGUGACCUAUCGAACUACAGACAGGUGACCUUAUGUUUACGCGAAUGGCCGUGAUAGAGCAGACGAAAUUAUACCCUAUUAAUUGUUUUGUUUGUUUGUCAUCAGGUAAUUCCAUUUCUUUUAAAUUGUCUGGCAGGAAGUGUGUCGAGGAUAAUAUUCUUGCAAAACUGUGUUUUCUGUUGGAUGCCGAGACAGUUUCUUUGCUGCAUCACCACGAAGCUGGUUUGUGUAGAAACUGUUUCAUAAAAAUAAAUAACUUUAUGAAAUUUAAGGAUGGAUUGCAAACCAGCGUGAAGAAAUAUAUUUGCAGAGAUAACAAAAUCAAAAGGCAUUCACUAUUGACGGAUUGUUCCACACCUGACAGCAAGCGGCAAUCAAUUGCAUGCGAGGUUGAGGAUAUUUCAGGUGAGCGUUCCCGUACAUGAGAAAAUAUGAAACUUUUUUUCAUGCCCCUAACCUCCUUCUCAACAGCCCAUCCGAUGUUCCUUAUCUUGAGUUGUUUACUGCUGUUUGUUGUCACUAUCAUUCUAACCGGAAAUGAGUAGACUAGUCUGUUUAUUAGACAUAAUACGUAAUAAUGAUAAUAAUAAUAUUUAUUUAUUUUAUUCAUGGUUAAACUAAGUGCUGUUAGGAGAUCUUUUGGGACCCUUAAAUAGAUUUUCUUGCUUUAUUGCAUAUGUCUCAUUUGAUAAAUCAACUUUGAAACCUCAAGCACACAUUUGGAAUUGUGAUUCAUCUGUUGCAAAGAAUUUUAACUAAGCAUGAGGUAGAAGCUAAAAUAUUUGCAAAACAUAUUAUUGCAUUGCUGGAGCUCAACAUCCUCUGAUGGCUGAAGCAAGACCGACUGGUAUUGCUUUCAUCGUCAUUUACAAGUUAAACAUUGACCUUUCCACGUGCAAAAAGAAUGCCACAAGUUACACUGAAAACAAGAGAAGUUCACCUGCUUCCCAUAAUGAAGAAUCAGAUGCAUCAUCUUUUUCUGUGCAAAAAGAAGCUGAACACAUUUAUGCAGCCUCACCGUGUACCAAAAUCUGUUCUAAUGGGACAGGACCCGAUGAAAAACCAAAGGCUGCAGUUGGUGAACACAACUAUUGUUUGGAUUUGCCACCAAAACAAAAGCUACCAUCUACAUUUUCAACUCAUGAGUCAUUUGCUGAAGUUGGGAAACAGCCACAGCAGACAUAUUUACAUGGACUAAUGCAAGCAGUUGCAUCUGAGGACUUGGAGCAAGUUGUGACCUUACUUUUGUCCCACCCCAGUUCAAGAAAUAAAAUAAACGAGAGAGUGAUACAGCAGCUACAGUCAGACUGUCAGGAGCUAUCAUCAUUAUCAUCUCCAUCGGUUCUCAGGGAGCAAUCAAGUCUGCAGAAUCUUACAGAUAGCCAUGACUUUAUAGGUCAGGUAUUUCAGGAGAUGAAAGAAAGGGCACCAUUCUUGUUGGCUGUAAUGUCCACUGUAACUGGAUGUAUGGAUGGUGAAAUUCCACUCAAUAAAGUGGCUGCAAUAACGUCAUCAUACUCCAUACUGAUGCGUAUGCGAAACAUCCAUCUAACAGCAUGGCAUAAGAUGGUGGGAUGCAUUCUCAUAAGAGGACAUUUAGAAGAUCAGAGUAUGGUACUACUGAGCAACAUUGGAUUGUGCCAAUCCCCAACUACCAAACUCCGAAUGAUGGCCCAGGCAGUGACUCAAACAAAGCUUAACAUUGUUCGAUCAUUACAAUGUAAUCCAUUGAUCAAGAUCACUGGAGACAAUUUGGAUGUCUAUAUCAGGUCAUCUAAAGUAGGAUCAACUAAAAAUGACAACAAGGAUCUUCACAUGUUUGCAUCAAACAUCAUUUUCUCCAAGUUUGCUGACAUUAACUUGAGCACUUCACCACCACCUCUAUCCUCUACAUGCAUCAACGCAUCUGAUGUCCUCCCGAAUGAAGACACUUUGAACAAGUUAUCCUCAGCUUAUAUUGUUCUCAUUGGCAGAAUACUGAAGGAUAUUCCAGCACUAUCAUGGCUCAACAUCCCAACACACAUUCCACACAGCCACAGUAAAACAGCAUCCAUGAAGACAGAGGUACAUCCCAUGCCACUGUUAUUCAGCAAUGAAGCCAAGUAUGAAGAAUGUGUGAAGAUUCUUGAUAGCUAUGAGGAUCAGUUGACAGAACUCUUUACAAGUGCACAUGGUGACCAAUCAGCGCUAAGGGAACUUCAUGUUCCAGUCGGUGGGGAUCAGCUCACCAGGGUAAGGCUUGAGGGUGCCAAGAGUCUCAGAGCACUUUCUCCUACACCUGCCAAAAGAUUUGAUGAUCUUGGACCAUUUGUUAUUGAAUGGUGGCACAACAAGCAGGACUUUUUGGAGAAGGCAUACAAGGCUUUGUUCAGCCCAAGGUCAAUUAGACAGCCAGGGACACUAUACUUCUACAAAGCCAAGUUUAACAUGACAAAUGUCAAUGGAAAUGUUAAGAGGAAUUUUCAGUCUCAUCAUGACCUACUUGUUCAUGUUGGAAAAGCUGUUAUUGUGGAACAGGCACGUGAAUACUUUGGUAAUCACUGAUGACAACAACACAGCUUUGAAGAAUAUUCCUGUUGAUGUUUUCAACCUGUCUUUGGAAGAGAAAACCACAGCGUCAGAGGCAGUUUUAAGAGCUUUCCUUGUCCACUAUGGAUACCUUGAUUUAACGUUCAAGGAUUCUUGUGAAAGAAUGUAUUUGAUUUUUCAUGUAAAUGCUGAUGGUACAGUGGUGGAAGAAAAGUCUCAGUUUGAACCUGAUGAAGUCUACAGUUAUUGCCAGC